UCUAGAACGAUGCUUUUAUCUAAACGAGAGAAGGAUAAGUCUGCUAUAGGAUUCAAAAACUGGACUUUUUUGACAGUUCAUCUAUGGGGUGAGAAAUGCGCUGGUCAAUAUAAACUUCUGAUAAGAGAUAAGAUCGGAGAAGACAAUAGGGGUGAAGUCAAAAAAGCAAUUUUAACAUUGCACGGUACUAAAGAUAUGCCAGAACAUAUGAAAGGUGGCAAAAUAUAUUCAAAAGAUUCGGAUAUAGAAAGCAUUAUCGAUAAAUCGGAGUUUGAAGACGAUGUGGACGACGACACAAACGAUCUUUCCGAUAAGUUAAAUGAGAUAAGAGAAAGUAACGAAGGAAAUUUAGAUUGGGACCAAUUAAUUGGAGAAAAGUUAAGAAGUUUAGAUCAAAAAAAUUCCGAUAGAUUCUUAUCCGAUUUUGAAGAAGAAAGAAAUUUUGAUUAUGUACAAGAGUACUAUUAAAAUGAGUGCUUUGAAACUGGUCUAGUAUGCAAGUGUACAUUAUUAUUUAUUAAAUAUUGAUGGACAAUAAAAAUUGUUUCUUAA